AUGCUGUCGAGAGCAGCUCGCAUUGCGCGCCUGCAGCCAUCUGCGGCGCAGCUGUAUCGCUCCGUCGCAACACCAGCUCCGAGAUCUCAAUUCGCGGCCGCAACGUGGAGCAGAACAUACGCGAAGGCAAGCAAGCCCAAGGGUCCUUCAACAUCGGCCUCCAAGUCUACCGAUAGCCAGAAGCCCGCCGCCUCAUCACCAGAGGAAGCAUCACCAUCCAAAUCUUCAACCCAAGCCCCCGAGACCGAAGCCAAGUCAAAUGCCUCCGAUGCGACCGAAGUCCCCGAAGACAGUAAACCGACAGGUCCUCUGCCCGACUUGACGCAAGGUAUCCCAUCGACUCUCGCGUACGAGAUGUCCGGGGCCACCAACAAGGCCGCCCUUGCUGCUAUCGCCGAGGAGGACGCAGUCGCGUCGGGUGGCGGUCGCGGCCGUGGAGAGCUCCCCGAUUCCGCAUACGUCUCGUCCACAGACAGGAAAAGACAACAACUUGCAAACCGCAUGUACCUCGCCUUCCUGGGUUUCUCUGUCGCCGGUAUGAUCUAUCUCGGCCGCAACUGGGAUGACCAGAUCGACGAGAAGAGGCACGCCGAGGAUGCGCCCAACGGCUGGGGAUUCGAGGCUUGGUGGAACAGAGUAAAGGCGAGAGCGAAUGACUUCAUGAGCUACUACCAGGAGCCCGCCUUCGAGAAGCUCCUUCCGGAUCCCGACCCGUCUUUCGAGCGCCCCUACACCCUCUGCAUCAGCUUGGAGGACUUGCUCGUUCACAGCGAGUGGUCCCGCGAGCACGGUUGGAGAGUUGCGAAGCGACCUGGCGUUGACUACUUCCUGCGCUACCUCAGCCAGUACUACGAGCUGGUUCUCUUCACCAGUGUGCCGUUCGCCAUUGGCGAGCCCCUCGUCAGAAAGCUGGACCCCUACCGCUUCAUUAUGUGGCCCCUGUACCGUGAGGCUACCAAGUACAAAGAUGGCGAGUUUGUCAAGGAUCUUUCCUACCUGAACCGUGAUCUAUCCAAGGUCAUCAUUAUCGACACCAACGAGAAGCGCGUCCAGCACCAGCCCGAGAACGCCAUUGUUCUUCCCAAGUGGAAGGGCGACUCCACGGACAAGGAGCUGGUCAGCCUCAUUCCCUUCCUCGAGUACAUCCACACGAUGCAAUACGGCGAUGUCCGCAAGGUCCUCAAGUCUUUCGACGGCAAGCACAUUCCCACCGAAUUCGCCCGUCGCGAGGCUAUUGCGCGUGCGGACUUCCAGAAGCAGCUCGAGGCCAAGAAGAAGAAGGCUCCCUCUGGUAUGAGCCUUCUGGGUGGCAUGCUCGGCCUGAAGCCCUCCAACAUGAGUCUCAUGGUCUCACCCGACGGCGAGAUGAACCCCCACGAGGCCCUGGCUCAGGGCAAGAUGCUUCAGGACAUUGCCCGUGAGCGUGGUCAGCGCAACUACGAACUCCUCGAGAAGGAGAUUCGCGAGAACGGCGAGAAGUGGCUCAAGGAGGAGGCCGCCAUGCAAGAGAAGAUGCAGCAGGAGGCCAUGCAGAGCAUGAUGGGCUCCUUCGGCGGCUGGUUCGUCAAGGGUGACGACCCCAACAAGAAGCAGUAA